AUGGCCUCAGUAAAGGGCACCCGGCUCCACGCCCAAGGCACGCACCAGUCCUCGCUCGAACUCAUCGGACAGACACCCCUCGUGCGUCUGAACAAGAUCCCGCAGUCCCUCGGCAUCGAAGCCACCGUGUAUGCCAAAUGCGAAUUUUUCAAUGCGGGCGGAAGUGUCAAAGACAGGAUAGCCCUGCGUAUGAUUGAAGAGGCGGAGAAGUCGGGACGAAUAAAACCGGGUGACACGCUGAUCGAGCCUACCAGCGGCAACACUGGCAUCGGAUUAGCCCUCGUGGCCGCCCUCAAGGGCUACAAGACCAUCAUCACCCUCCCCGAAAAGAUGUCUGCGGAGAAAGUCGCAGUGCUCAAAGCCCUUAACGCAACCAUCAUCCGCACACCCACACAAGCCGCCUUCGACAGCCCCGAAUCACACAUUGGAGUCGCCAAACGCUUGGAGAAGGAGAUACCAAAUGCCCAUAUAUUGGACCAGUAUGGGAACCCGGACAACCCGCUCGCGCAUGAACUGGGGACUGCGGAGGAGAUAUGGGAGCAAACAAAGGGCAGGGUGACUUGUGUUGUUGCCGGCGCUGGCACAGGUGGCACGAUCACAGGGCUCGCUCGCGGCAUGCACAAACACAAUAAAACAAUCAAGAUCAUCGCCGCAGACCCUCAGGGAUCGAUCCUCGCUCUGCCCUCGGCCCUCAACGAGGAAUUCGCAAAUCAACCCUACAAAGUCGAGGGGAUAGGCUAUGACUUCAUCCCAGACGUCCUUGACCAGAGUGUGGUGGACAAAUGGUACAAGACGGACGACAGGGACUCGUUCCACCACGCCCGCCGCCUCAUCUCUGAAGAAGGGCUGCUGGUCGGGGGCAGUUCCGGGUCCGCCAUCGCCGCGACGGUCAAGGCCGCAAGAGACCUGAAUCUGGGGAAAGACGACGUGAUCGUGACAAUCUUGCCCGACAGCAUCCGCUCGUACCUGAGCAAAUUCGUCGACGACGACUGGCUCGCCGCCAACAACCUUCUCCCGCCCACACCUCCGCCUGAACCCUCCUCGCCGCAACUCUCGAGAACCCAGAGCGUCAAGGAUGACACAUUCCACGGUGCUCGCGUCCGCCAUCUGCGCCUCAAACCCGUCCAGACAGUCACAUCGGACAGCCCCUGCUCUGCCGCCAUCGAAGUUAUGCGCGAAAAGGGCUUCGACCAACUCCCCGUCCUGGCCCCAACGCCCUCCAGGAGAUUAGUCGGUCUCGUCACCCUGGGUAACCUGCUGUCACGCAUAAGCCACGGGCGGGCCACAGGUCAAUCCCCCGUCAGCGACGUCAUGUUCGACUUCUCCAAGAUCAGCGAAGUCACCGUCGACCACACGGAUUUCUCCGAGUUGAUGACCACGUCCGCCGACGCUGACUCGGAGCCGCAGAAACCCUCGAGCGACACGAGCGAGAAGACCAAGAGCAAGAGCAAGGGCAAGAAGAAAAGGCACCAAUUUGUCGAGAUAACCAUGGACACCCCUCUUGCCGCAUUGAACAAGUUCUUCGAGUGGCAGAGUGCGGCUAUCGUAACGGAGCGCGAACCACCUGCAGGUGACAAGGGAGCCGGCGCUCUCAAGCCCGUAGCAGUGGUUACCAAAGUCGAUCUGCUUACUUGGAUGUUGAGCGAGCAUAAGCCGUAG